AUGGAAAACGCCAACGAUGAGGACAUUCAAAUUCUGGAUGAAAACGUUGAGCCUCUAAGGAACACUCCACCAGUUUCGCCAUCCGAUUCCGGUAGUGAGCUGAGCUCAACAAAUCUUCCUAAGCGUAGAAGGACCGAAAAUCUCACAACGGAGGAUGACAAAAGCUGCCGACCCGGGGUAUCGACAGAGACGACGUCGUCUACCGCGCUUGGCGCGGCUUUGGCCGUGGACGAGGAAGCUGACGAUGGAUGUACUAUCUGUUAUGAAGUUGGUUUUUUUGAAGAUUUGCAUUUGCUCUUACAUCUCAAACAUUUGUUCAAGGAGUACACAAGUGCUGGUGAACAUCGUCUUGCUUCAGUGAAAUGUGGGCAUUUCUUUGGAUAUUCAUGUAUUGCAAGAUGGAUUCGAAGUGAAGGUAGAAAUGCUGUUUGUCCAACAUGUAAAACGAAAACGAGCAUGAAAGACGUGCGCAAACACUACACUGCAGCUGUAAAAGUUACUGAUACCACUGAAAUAGAAAUGCUCCGCAAUUCGAACGCAGCUCUACAUAUCCGAGUAUCUGGACUUGAAGUUGAACUAGCUAAAAAAGACCGUGAACUGGCUGAGCUUAUCAAGAGGCUCCAUGAGGGGAAAUCAGCUGGUAGCGCGCUCGCUGCUCCUCAGUUAAUAGUACAACAAAGAGGAGGGCGCAUGUUCAUGAAUCCUGAGCGAAAAGAAGCGCUCGCGCCUGGUGGAGUUAAUGCCGAUGCCCGUGCCAUGGAUUUCAACGGAGAGUACUGGGCCGUGGGAGUUGCAUGUUCUCAGGCUCGCAAUAUUUUCAGCCCGUUUGGCAUCCGAAUUCUUACGAUCAGCCGACAAGAGUUCAAGCUGAAAGAGUGUUAUCCCCUGCAUAACGGACGAUCUCGUGUCGUUGUUUUUUCACCGUUCGAAUCGUCCCUUCUUUUGUCA